AUGUCAUCAUCCCACAUCCGAUUCGGCCUGCGACGCCUCUUAUUCUCAUCCUGGCCAUCACGACACGCCUUCCUAGUCGCUGGCCUAGUCUCUGGAUAUGUACUCCAUCGCAAAACAGUUUCAACAGAAGCUUCACUAGAUCCAGCAAAGAAUUCCGUCGUUGCCAGCUAUGAGGACCGUAUACGGAAAUACUCGCAUCCUCAAAAAGUCUUUUCAUAUUUCGCAUCGGAACGACGGGACGGAACCCCCUACAUGACCAUACAAGAUCUCAUACGGUCACUCACACCAUCCAAAGCAACAUCAUCAACCGAACAGAAACCAAUACCACCUGAAUCACUCUCAUUCUUCAAACUGGCGGAUAUUGAUGCCGAUGGACUGAUUUCGUUUGAGGAAUACUUAUUCUUUUUGGCAUUGUUGAGUACGGGGGAGGCCAGUUGGAAGGUGGCGUUUAGGCUGUUUGAUGAAGAUGGUAACGGGGUGGUAUCACUACGGGAAUUCAAAAAGAUCGUAUCGUCGAAUAUGAGAGCCACGUCUGCUAAAUCGCUUGGAUCACGCGAACGCAUCGACCUCUCAAGCUCAACAUCCCUCCUCCGCUUGUUCUUUGGCGAACGCGGUGAAAAGACACUAUCGCUUGACGAAUUCGCAUCCUUCAUGAGUCGUCUGCACACCGAAGUGUCGAGACUCGAGUUCUCGCAGUAUGUCGAGUCGGAUGCAAGUGAUAAUAGUAUAUCGGUGGUGGAUUUCGGGAGGGCUGUUGUGGCGUAUGAUGCUAGGCCCGAGCGGUAUGUGAAGAGGUUGGAAAGUAGGAGUAAUGGGGGAGAGGAUGGUGGUGGUGCGAGGGUUACAUUUUUUGAGUUUUUGAAUUUUGAUUCUAUGGUCCGCAACUACCUAAACGAAAUAGAAGUAGCUGUGAAACUUUACGGUCGUAAUGGGCUCGACCGUGACAAGCUCACACGGAUCAUCAGGACUGUUGCGUAUACAUCACUAACACCGUCACAAAUGGACGCCAUCUUCUACAUGUUUGAUCCUUCACGAUCUGGCAAGGCCAUUGACGGUGAAGAGCUUUGUAAUGUGUUGAGGAAACGUGUUGCGAGGAAUUUGGAUGGACCGAGGAGUACACAGUGGGGUGUGGGAGAGUUUUUGGGAAAGUUGAGGGAUUGUAUAUCUAGUUAG